AUGAGAAUAAAUCCUACUACUUCUGGUUCUGCGGUUUCGGCGCUUGACAAAAAAAACCUGGGGCGUAUUGUCCAAAUCAUCGGACCAGUACUAGAUGUAGCCUUUCCGCCAGGCAAAAUGCCUAAUAUUUAUGACGCCCUGGUAGUUAAAGGUAAAGAUAUUGCUGGUCAACCAAUUAAUGUAACUUGUGAAGUACAACAAUUAUUAGGAAAUAAUCGAGUUAGAGCUGUAGCUAUGAGUGCCACAGAUGGUCUAACGAGAGGAAUGGAAGUGAUUGGCACGGGGGCCCCUCUAAGUGUUCCAGUAGGGGGAGCAACUCUGGGACGAAUUUUCAACGUGCUUGGGGAGCCUGUUGAUAAUUUAGGUCCGGUAGAUACCAGUACAACAGCUCCGAUUCAUAGAUCUGCGCCCGCCUUUAUACAGUUAGAUACAAAAUUAUCCAUUUUUGAAACUGGAAUUAAAGUAGUGGAUCUUUUAGCCCCUUAUCGCCGUGGUGGAAAAAUAGGACUAUUUGGCGGAGCUGGGGUGGGUAAAACAGUACUCAUUAUGGAAUUGAUUAACAAUAUUGCCAAAGCGCAUGGUGGCGUAUCCGUAUUUGGAGGAGUGGGCGAACGUACUCGUGAAGGAAAUGAUCUUUACAUGGAAAUGAAAGAAUCUGGAGUGAUUAAUGAAGAAAAUAUUGCAGAAUCAAAAGUGGCUCUCGUUUACGGUCAGAUGAACGAACCGCCAGGAGCUCGUAUGAGAGUUGGUUUGACUGCCCUAACUAUGGCCGAAUAUUUUCGAGAUGUUAAUGAACAAGACGUACUUCUAUUUAUCGACAAUAUAUUCCGUUUCGUCCAAGCAGGGUCCGAAGUCUCGGCCUUAUUGGGUCGAAUGCCUUCUGCCGUGGGCUACCAACCGACACUGAGUACUGAAAUGGGUUCUUUACAAGAAAGGAUUACUUCUACCAAGGAGGGGUCCAUCACUUCUAUUCAAGCGGUUUAUGUGCCUGCGGACGAUUUAACCGACCCCGCGCCUGCUACGACAUUUGCACAUUUAGAUGCUACUACCGUACUAUCAAGAGGAUUAGCUGCCAAAGGUAUCUAUCCAGCAGUUGAUCCUUUAGAUUCAACAUCAACUAUGCUUCAACCUCGGAUCGUUGGUGAGGAACAUUAUGAAACCGCGCAAAAAGUGAAACAAACCUUACAACGUUACAAAGAACUUCAGGAUAUUAUAGCUAUCCUUGGGUUAGACGAAUUAUCCGAAGAGGAUCGUUUAAUCGUAGCGCGGGCGCGAAAAAUUGAACGUUUCUUAUCACAACCUUUCUUUGUAGCAGAAGUAUUUACUGGCUCUCCAGGGAAAUAUGUUGGUCUGGCAGAAACAAUUAGAGGAUUUCAAUUGAUUCUUUCCGGCGAGUUAGAUGGUCUUCCUGAACAAGCCUUUUAUUUAGUAGGUAAUAUCGAUGAAGCUACCGCGAAGGCUAUGAACCUAGAAAUGGAGAACAAUUUGAAGAAAUGA